AUGUUCGCAGCCGGAUUUGAUUUAGGAACAAAGAACUGCACAAUCGCAGUUGCUCAAAAGGGUGGUGUUGAUGUUAUUGCUAAUGAAGUCAGCAAUCGUCUAACUCCAACUCUUGUUUCAUUUGGUGAAAAGGAAAGAUAUUUGGGUGAACCAGCUGCUACAAAUCAAUUAAGAAAUAUUAGAAAUACAAUUACCAAUUUAAAGAGAUUUAUUGGUACAGAUUUCAAGAAUUCUGAAGGAGAAUUGGUACAAGAAUCGUUUAGUUCAUUCGAAUUGCCAAAUGGACAAGUUGGAUUCAAUGUCAACUAUCUAAAUGAACCAUUAGAGAUUUCAGCUGACGCUACAGUUGGUGCCUUGCUUGGUAAGCUCAAGCGUACUACAGAAGCAUUCAGCAACACACCAAUGCGUGAAGUAGUCAUUUCAGUACCAGGUUACUGGACCGAAUACCAAAGAAGAGCUUUGUUGAAUGCUGGAGCCAUUGCCGGUUUAAACAUUACUCGUCUUAUGAAUGAAACCACAGCCACUGCUCUCUCGUAUGGUAUUUACAAGGAUCUUCCAGAGACUGAUCCAAUUCGUGUAUUGUUUAUCGAUAUUGGUGAUGCCUCUACCUCUGUUGCAGCUGUUGCAUUCAAAAAGGGUGAAUUAAAGGUAUUGUCCACUGCCUAUGAACCAAAUGUUGGUGGUCGUAACUUUGACAACACCCUUGUCAAACACUUCCAACAAGAAUGGAAACAAAAGUACAAGAUUGACAUUUUCGAGAACAAAAAGGCUCUUAUUCGUACUCGUCAAGCCUGUGAACGUCUCAAAAAGAUGAUCAGCUCCAACAAUGAAGCCCCAAUCUCUAUCGACUCGCUCAUGGAAGACAAGGACGUCAAGGGAACCCUCGAUCGUAAGACCUUUGAAGAACUUUGUGCCGCCGAUUUGGAAAGCAUCCUUGCCCCAGUUAAAAAGGCUAUCGAAGCCAGUGGCAUCACUGCCGAUCAAUUCACCACUAUCGAAAUCACUGGUGGUGGUACUCGUUCAACCUCUGUUCAAAAGAAGUUGAUUGAAUUCCUCGGUCGUGACCUCUCCAAGACCAUCAACCCUGAAGAAUCUGUCUGUCGUGGUUGUUCAUUGCAAUGUGCCAUGUUGUCACCAUUGUUCAAGGUUCGUCAAUUUGCCAUCAACGAUAUUGCCUCUUAUCCAAUCAGUGUCCUAUUCAAGAGUGCCUCUAUCCAACAAAACCUCGCCCUCUUUAACUUGACCUCACCAGUCCCAUCACCAAAGCCACUCCGUAUCUCUUUCCCAAUCUCCAAGGCCGAACCAUUUGAAAUUGUUGUCUCUACCACCUAUGGUACCCUCCAAUCGCUCACUGUUCAAAAUGUACCAGCAUUUACCAACAAGAGUUCCAUCAAGGCCAAGGUUUGGUUAGACAUUCACGGUGUCUUCCACAUUGAUGAAGUUCGUCUCGUAGAACAAUUACCAGAGGAUCAACAACCAGAACAAUCACCAAAGGAUUCCGAUCAAAAGAUGGGCGAAGCCGUCGAAGGUGAAAAGAAGGAAGGUGAAGAAAAGAAGGAAUGUGAAGUAAAGAAACCAUCACCAGUAAAGGUAAAGGAAACUCCACUCCAAUUCCAAUUUGCUCCAGUCCAUGGUCUCUCCCCAGCCGAUCUCCUCAAGGCCACCGAAGAAGAAGGUAGAAUGCACGCUCAAGAUGUUUUGGCCGCUGAAACUGCCGAUCGUAAGAACGCUCUCGAAAGUUACAUCUAUGAAAUGAGAUCACGUCUCUCUAGCUCUCUUGCUGAAUACGCCACCAAGGAGGAAUCAACCAAGUUGCUCGCAUUGCUCCAAGAAGCUGAAGACUGGCUCUAUGGUGAUGGUGAAGACACACUCAAGAGUGUCUACGUCGCCAAGUUGGAGGAAUUGACCAAGAUUGGUAAUCCAAUUGCCAAGAGACGUCAAGACAAUGAAGAAUACCCAGAAGCUGUUCGUUCACUCAAGGACACCAUUGCUCACUAUCGUGAACAAGCAAUGACUCCACAAGAAAAAUACGAUCAUAUCCCCGCCGAAGAAAAGGAAAAAAUCAUCACCGAAUGUAACAACACUGAGCAAUGGAUCGAUGCCCUCGUCAAGAAGCAAGAAGCCACCCCAAAGACCUCUGCCUGUCUCAUCAAUAUCGCUGAAGUCAACGCCAAGAAGCAAUUGAUUGCUGCCACCUCAAAUGCUAUCCUCAACAAACCAAAGCCAAAGCCAGUUCCAGUUGCAACUCCAACCACUCCAACCACUGAAAAUACCGAAGCCCCAGCCUCCUCUGCUGAAACUCAAACUCCACCACAACCAGAAUCAGAGAAACCAAAAUCAGCAGACAUGGAUUUGGAUUAA